GGGAGCUGUCCAGCAAGCGAUUUGAAGUAGUCUUCUUGCCCGGCAAGUGCGGUCUCUUGUCUGUCCAGGAAUGAGAAGUGAUGGCCGGCUCUGCAACUGAGGAGAAAACCUUCCGAAGGUUCUUGGAGCUCUUCCUCCGAGAGAUGAGACCACCACUCCAGGAGAAUGACCCUGUCCCAAUGCGCCCUUUGUCUGACCUCACCUCGGAGGACGAAGUUGAAGGGGAAUGCCUCGAUAUGUGUCUUCAGCACUUGUGCAAAUAUAACUGCCCCUUCUCCCUGGCGGCUGCCCUGGCGCGGGCUACGGCAGACAGUGUUCUGCAGAGUGACCUCUCCAUCUACCACAUCCAGAAGACCGUUGAGGAUGGAGUAGACCCUUUCCCCCAGAUUGAGUCGGUGGCCUUUGCCCGGCUCAUCUUCAAUAAGUUGUGUGAAACAUGCUGCCUGUGGCUGAAAGACUUCCCUUACCGCCGCCGCCCUCAGCCCUACUACGAGACCUCCAUCCACGCCAUCAAAAACAUGCGCCGCAAGAUGGAGGACAAACACAUCGUCAUUCCCGACUUCAACACCCUCUUCAACAUACAGGACCAGGAGGAGCAGGCCUUCUUCGCCGUGUUCGAUGGCCAUGGGGGCGUGGACGCCGCCAUCUACGCCGCCAACCACCUUCACGUUAAUAUGGUGCACCAGGAGUGCUUCAGCCAAGAUCCGGGGGAGGCCCUGUGUCGCGCCUUCAGAGUCACCGAUGAACGCUUCAUCCGUAAAGCUAAGAUGGAGAACCUGCGCUGCGGCACCACUGGGGUGGUGACCUUUCUAAGGGGACGGACCCUGUAUGUGGCCUGGCUAGGGGACUCUCAGGUCAUGCUGGUCAAGAAAGGCCAGGCCGUGGAACUGAUGAAACCUCACAAGCCUGACAGAGAGGAUGAGAAGCAGCGUAUUGAGGCUCUGGGAGGCUGUGUCAUCUGGUUCGGCACGUGGAGGGUUAAUGGCAGCCUGUCCGUAUCCAGAGCCAUAGGUGACAAUGAGCACAAGCCCUACAUCUCUGGCGUUGCUGACCAACACAUCGUCCCAUUGGAUGGCACGGAGGACUACCUGAUCCUGGCCUGCGACGGCUUCUACGACACAGUCAGCCCCGAAGAGGCGGUGCGUGUGGUCAGCGACCACCUGACGGAGAACAGCGGCGACAGCACCAUGGUGGCCCACAAGCUGGUGGCCUCGGCCCGUGACGCCGGCUCUAGCGACAACAUCUCAGUCAUUGUGGUCUUCCUCAGAGACCUCCGCGCGCCCCCGCCGGGAGAGGAGGACGAAGAGGGGGAGGAGGGAAAGGAUGAGGAAGUGGCGGAGGUGGAGGAAGAAGGUCAAGGGGAGAUGGGCUGCCAGGACGGGAGCACCACGGACGUUGGGGGGAAGGGUCAUUGUUUCCUGCAGCAGUGCUCGGCUCCAGCCGACCUGGGCUAUGAAGACCGCACAGACUCGUUGACAGACAGAACCAGCCUAGGCCUGCUGGGGCCCAUGCUGGGAGAGGAUGGUCGAAUCAGGCUCCCCCCUGCCUGCUCACACCCUACCCCCUCCUUAGCCCUCACCCAGAAUCUCAUGCCUACCGAGGGCCAUGGGGCGGCCUGGUUGCCCUGCCUAGAGGAGGGGCUCCAGGGCUCCAGGCACAAAUCCCAGCCUAAACCCUGUGUCCCCGCCUGCCAGGAACCCAGCUCAGACGGACAAUGGCCCCUGGCGGCCUCCCUGUUUGGCCACGCGGGGAGGCGCACCCGGAGGAUGGAGUGCGUGAGCCCCAGGUGGGGGUGGGUGUCCCGGCGUUGGGGCCGUGCCCCCAGGGAGCUCCCUGGCCUGCUGCACUCCACCUGUAGUGUGCCCUACCCCCAGCGCUGCCCCGAGAGGAGGCCCGGGGUGGCCCUUCCCCACCUGCCCCACGGCAGCAGAAUCUGAUGAUGUGACCUAAUCUUCACUAGCUCCUCGAUCUCCUGCCCCUUCCUCUAUCUGACUACAGUCAUUAUUUCAUUCAUCCAUCCAUCAUGAGUUCCCCAUCCAGGACACUGGCUCCACACCCAUACCCUCACAGCCCCAUUCAGGAGGCAAUCUACCUACCCCUCCCCAUACCCACACAGCCCCAUUCAGGAGGCAAUUUACCUACCCCUCCCCAUACCCACACAGCCCCAUUCAGGAGGCAAUCUACCUACCCCUCCCCAUACCCACACAGCCCCAUUCAGGAGGCAAUUUACCUACCCCUCCCCAUACCCACAGCCCCAUUCAGGAGGCAAUCUACCUACCCCUCCCCAUACCCACACAGCCCCAUUCAGGAGGCAAUCUACCUACCCCUCCCCAUACCCACACAGCCCCAUUCAGGAGGCAAUUUACCUACCCCUCCCCAUACCCACACAGCCCCAUUCAGGAGGCAAUCUACCUACCGCUCCCCAUACCCACACAGCCCCAUUCAGGAGACAAUCUACCUACCCCUCCCCAUACCCACACAGCCCCAUUCAGGAGACAAUCUACCUACCCCUCCCCAUACCCACACAGCCCCAUUCAGGAGGCAAUCUACCUAUCCCUCCCCAUACCCACACAGCCCCAUUCAGGAGACAAUCUACCUACCCCUCCCCAUACCCACACAGCCCCAUUCAGGAGACAAUCUACCUACCCCUCCCCAUACUCACACAGCCCCAUUCAGGAGGCAAUAACAAUUCCUGCUCCUGGCCCGUAUUGCAAACAAACACACACUGUAAUGUACUUUCCGAUUCAUAAUGUCAAAACACAUUAUCCACCCACUCUAUCUUCAUAGAUGGGAGUACUUAAUACAGGAUUAUAAGUAGUGGUCACUUACCUGAAUAAAUCCAACAUAUAUAGACUGAUAUGUAUUCCAGAUGGGAGUACAAUAGAGGAUAAUGGCAUGUAGAAGGGAUAUUAUUAAGAAAUUACAUUCUAUUUAUAAUUUUGGGGAUGACGUCAUCCAAGAGCAGACAGUCAGUCAUUGCCAUGCCUGUCAAAUUGAGGUAACGUUUACAUAAAACUAAACACGAGAUGUGUUCUCAUUGACAAGAAAUCAUUCCCAACAGACUGGGUGUGAAUAAGUUGCCAGACUUACUUGGCCAAGAUAGUUCAGACGACUCAGCAGAACAUGUGCCUUCCCUAAACAAGAAAAAGUUUAUGGGAAUUUUGAGCCUCAGUCAACAAAACCCUUUCUAAGCUUCUCAUUACAAUAUGGACCCAUGUGUUUCAUAUCGCUUACAGGGGCUACUUAACCAACAACUAUCCUGCUUUUUAAGUUCACUAACAACAUUAGAGCAUAAGAAUGAUGAAUGUCAAAGACUUCAUCUCUGGUUUGACAAAUAUAGUAAAUUAAUCUUAAUCUCACCAUCCUUUCAAAUGUGAAUGUUUAUUUUAUAUUGAAACUCCAUAGAAGAUGCUAUAUACUGUAGCAAUGACUAGGUUCUGUAAAAUGUGCCUCCAUUCUCCUGGCCCAGGCAACCGUUGUUUAAUAUAUAUCAAAGACAGUUCAGUCUUGCUGUUGGAAAAACUCCCAAUCGUUUCACCUUUAAGAAAACAGGAAUUGUUUGUGCCAUUCCUGACAUUUUUAACUCUUACUAACACAUUGUGCCAUUUCCAUAC